AUGUCGGACUCUACUGUUGGCCAGACGAAGAAGUUUGGAAAGGGUGAGAGGACAGUUCCGCACCCAAGCCAGAAGGCUCAGAAAUGGUACCCUGUGGAUGAUGAACCGCAACCCAAGAAAGUCAGUACUCCCGAUGAGAAGAUGUGGCCAAUUUGUGUCCAGGAAUUGCAAUUGUGCACGCUGGCUCAGGUCCGCAAGUCCAUUCGCCCGACUAAGCUCCGAGAAAGCCUCCAGCCCGGUGCGAUCCUGAUCCUCCUCGCUGGUCGUUUCCGCGGCAAGCGGGUCGUCCUGCUCAAGCACCUGUCCCAGGGUGUUCUCCUGGUCACCGGCCCCUUCAAGAUCAAUGGUGUGCCUCUCCGGAGGGUGAACGCUCGCUACGUGAUCGCCACCAGCGCCCGGGUUGAUCUCACGGGAAUCGACACGGCCACUCUUGAGAAGGUCUCGGCACCGGACUACUUCACCAAGGAGAAGAGCAAGGAGAAGAAGACGGAAGAGGCCUUCUUCAAGCAGGGCGAGAAGCCAGAGGUAUGUUUCGGACUGGAUCGUGUGACGAAAGCAGCUACUGAUGCGGGUUGUGCGGAACAGAAGAAGAAGGUUACCAGCGCUCGCGCCGCCGACCAGAAGGCCAUUGACCAGGCUCUUUUGGCCAACAUCAAGAAGGAGCAGUUCCUCGCCAGCUACCUGGCUACCAGCUUCAGCCUCCGGAAUGGCGACAAGCCUCACGAGAUGAAGUGGUAG